AUGCCGCCUUUUCAGAGCUUUCGUCUGAUCUCCGGGAUCAAGGAAAAGGUCGAAGCCGUCCUGCCCAUAGGAAGCAAGAUCUAUGUAGCGCUUGCGGGUGGAAUCAUACAGACGUAUCAGCUCGAAGGCCUACAGGAUGUUGGUUCGAGCGUACCAAAAGCAAAGCUGAUUAGCACGAGAAAAGGCCUAACGAGAAAACCGAUCGAUCAGUUGGAAUAUUUGGAGGAUCUGGACGCUUUGGCCGUUCUGAGCGACCAAACCGUCACGCUUUAUGACCUCCCGAACCUGAAAACACCUACUGUGAUCUCUCAGGCUCGAUACGUUCAAUCCAUCUGUACCCGUACCGUCUGGGUCGCCGCAUCAAACCUCUCUCCCAAAUCCGCAAGUGGUAAAUCCAAGAGAACGCCGGACCUCGAAGCUAGCUCCAGGGUCGAGGACGAAAAGAUCCGGAUAUCCAUCCUCAUCAUAGGCGCUCGGAAGAAAGUCCAUCUACUCACUUAUCUCUCCGGCAAACCACAUACUGUCAAAGAGAUCGCAUUACCUCAUACGCCGAGGUUGAUGCUCUUUCCCGCUGGGGUCAAGGCUUGGGGGUCUUACAAUAAGCAGAAGGACGAUAAAAAGCGGGUACCGACGGUCCAUCUGCAUUACAAUGCCAAUGACUGGGGGAUCCUUGAGUUGGACUUGUUCUCCACCGAACGGGGAUCCUCGGCGGGUUUGAAAGUGACCGAAUCGCCAGCUCCAACCGGAUCCACGACGACGUCGAAUCCUUCAGGAUCAGGCGCUGCGGGACCGAACUUGGGGAUGACACCUAGUACCAGUGCUCAGGAUAAGACGGGAGGUCUAGGCGUGGGAGCCGCUUUUGGAGGAUUAGGGGGUUAUGUGGGGAAAGGGUUCCGAGCUGUUUCGGGGGCUAGCACGGCGAUCAACUCGAUCGUCGGUCUAGGAGUCGGGAGUGACUAUCUCGGCGAGGAAGGAGAAGCCGGAGCGGCACCUGGGGAUGCUGUCACGGAUGGGGAGACUUUGGUACUCCGAGGUGACCAAGGAGUGUUUUACGACUCUAUGGGACGGAUGACGAAUACCCCACCGAUCGACUUUUCUUCAACCGGGGAUUCGCAUAUCCCAGAUGAUAUGGUCUUCGCCGACCCGUUCAUCAUCAGCGCCAUCCCUGCCUCAUCCUCAACCUCGUCAACAACCCAGAGUCAAAACUCGUCGGGUGGGAGCAAGAUCGAAGUCAGGCUUAAACAGACCUUGGCUGUGCAGCAAGAAGUUGCCGUAGGCGGGGGACAGGUGGAUCUGGAUAGUCCUGCUGCGGCGACAACUGGGGCGGGACAUAUCGAGAAUACGGCAAUCCGGUGUCUGUCCGUCUCGGCCAGACCGACAUCUUGGGAUCUUGAGAGUGAUGGCACGGAAGAUGUUCGACCGAGUUCAGCUUUCUGGGUGACCGUUCCUCUGGACAAACUACAACUGCAGACGGAAGGCAGCGCGCUCUGGUGUCUACGUGGAGAACCCUGGAAGGCGAUCCUGGAAGAUUCGUUGAGGGAAGGAAGGUUCGAAGAUGGGCGGGGGAUGUUGACUGCGAUAAGGGGUAGAAAGGUCGAGGAAGUGGAUAGCGAAGAAUACGGCUUGAAAUUUCGGAAACUCAACGCCCUCGCUGCUUUCUCCAAAGAGAAAUGGGAGACCGCCAUCGAGGAAUUCAUCCAGCUCGAUAUCGCACCGGCGAAAGUAGUCUCGCUAUAUCCGGCGGAUACCGUCAGUGGGCCUCUACAUGUGCCACAAGAGAAUUGGGUUCAAGUGUUCGGCGGGCCUGAAGAUGGCAGGCUUACGCCGAUCCAAAAGAGCCUGGAAGAGGGGAAACGACAUACGACGGCCCAGAGUACAGUCGAUAUGCUCAAGGGAAUAGCUCAUAUCGGAGGCAUCAAGAAGGACAGUGCCAGUAUCAAAGGCAAAGAUAGUGCUAGCAUCAGGGGAAAGGACAGCGCGAGUGUAAAAGGCAGGGACGGGGAUGCGGGUUCUGUGAUGGGCGACGAGGCGACUUUACACGAGUCCAGCAAAGAUUCGGUGGUCGAGUAUGAAGUAUACCCGCCAGCAGCACUGGAAUCGUUGAUACACUACCUGUCCGAUCGGAGACAAAAGCUCGUCGGCGCCAUGGCGGCUGUACCAGGCGGUCCGCCGACGAUCGACAGCCUGCCGCCAUUCAAAGGUAUACCUCGAUCUGAUCUUCGUGACUAUCCGGACGUCCCCUUCAGCGAACUCUCGCCAGAACAACUCGUCCGGACAGCUCAGAUCGUUUAUACGGCACUCCUCAAAGUCUACCUGGCGAUCAGGCCUGUUCUGGUUGGUAGUCUUUGUCGAAUCCAGAAUUGGUGCGAGGUCGAGGAAGUGGAAGAGUUGCUAUUGGAGAAGAAGAGGUAUUCAGAUCUCAUCGAUCUGUAUCAAGGUAAACGGAUGCACGAGAAGGCCUUGGAUCUGCUCAGACAACUUGCGAAAGACGAGGAAGACAAGCUGGACAAGCUCGACCCGACCGUGCGAUAUCUGCAAAAGCUAGGACCGGAUCAUUUGGACUUGAUCUUGCGGGAAUCAGAUUGGAUUUUCAAGGAAGACCCCGUCUUUGGCUUGCGGAUUUUUACCGCCGACGAGGCCGAAGUGGAGGCGCUACCACGGCACCGGGUUCUCGGAUACCUCGAAGGGACGGAUGAAGCGUCGUGCAUUGGCUACCUGGAACAUAUCACGGGAGAGUUGGGAGAGGCUGGCCCCGACUUUCACGAUAAACUCGCCGAGCUGUAUCUCAAAUCGGCGCGACGUGAUCCAGAACAUGAGAAGCAUGGCGAAGCACGGUUGUUACAGUUCCUCAGGACUUCGGAACAAUACAGGCCAGACCGUCUGCUAGGCAAAAUGCAGUCAGAAGAACUUCCUCGUGUUCGCGCUAUCCUGCUUGGCAAGCUCGGCAAUCACGAUGCAGCCUUACAGAUAUACGUCUAUCGGCUGGACAGCCUCAAAGAGGCAGAGGAAUACUGCUCACGCGUCUAUCAAGAUCAGCCUGACCCCAACGGCAUCUUCCUGUCACUACUUCGCAUCUACUUGCGACCCAGCGGCACAAGGCCUCCUCUGAUCAAUCCGGCACUAGCACUCAUAGCCAAUCACGGCACCCGGAUCGACGCCACGAAAACGAUAGACUUGCUCACACCUUUGGUCUCGAUGCAGGACGUGCAUCAGUUCUUCCUCAGAACACUACGGAACAGCCACUCGAAAGCGAGUCAAGCCAAGAUCACUAAAGGUCUCUUGACGGCUCGUCGAGAUCAGGUCGAUCGGAAUCUGGCCCUAUGUCAGCAGAAGAGGGUCAGGAUCUCUGACAUGCGAAUUUGCCCACAAUGUCAGAAGCGCAUCGGACAAUCCGCCAUAGCUGUACACGCCCCAAGAGGCGAGGUUACGCACUACAACUGCAAGGAUACAUAUUCACGGACGCUUGCGAUGCACCGAACAUGA